AUGGACAACGCUAUUCAGCAGUUUGUCGCCAUCACCGGCUCCACGCCCGAAAAAGCUACCUUCUUCCUCGAAUCCGCUGAUGGGGACUUGCAGACAGCUGUGUCGAGCUAUUACGAGUCUGAGGCCUCCCAGCCUGCCGAAGUCGAGGAUGGCGACAACAAUGCCAGCAUGGCGCCCGCUGCACCCGCAUCUGCUGCGCCAACAGCUGUGCCCGACAGCUACACCGGACCCAGGACUCUCUCUGGCCAGCCCGCCUCCUCUGCAGAUGGCGGCUUCGGCUCAACCUCUUCAUCGCAGCGCGGCAGUGGAGCCAACACGCCCAGCAGCCGCCCAAGCGGCCGAUCGGGCGGGAUCUCGACUUUCCGCGACCUCGUCUCGUCGCAAUCCGGCUCCUCUCGUCGCGGAGGCAACCAAGAUGGCGAGGAUGAUGACGACGACACCGACGACGAGAUGAACUACUUCACUGGCGGAGAGAAGAGCGCCCUCAGUGUCGAGAACCCCGAGGCGAGGAGGAGGAGGGAGAUGGGCGGCAACGAUCUGGUCAAUCAGAUCCUCAAAAAGGCUGCAGAGCAACGUAGGGAGGACGGCGAGGGAGUCGCUGGUCCAUCGUCCUCGACUGCUUCGUCGCAAGCCUUCACAGGGCGAGGCAGGACCAUCAACGAUAGCGGAGCGGCCGAGACUGAGGCUUCGUCGGUGCCCUCUUCCUCGAUGCCUGGUGGUUUUGGUGCGACGGACCGCGACAGCGCGGCGGGAAGCGACGAUGCAGACGAGGAAGGCGACGGCGAAGUGGCGAUCCGACACCUGACCUUCUGGCAGGAUGGCUUUUCCAUCGAGGACGGCCCGCUGAUGCGGUACGACGAUCCCGCCCAUGCCGCGACUCUCGACGCCAUCAAUGCCGGCCGUGCCCCGCUCUCGCUCCUAAACGUUCGUUUCGGCCAGCGCGUCGAGCUUCGCGUGGCUAGGCGGAUCAACGAGCAGUACAUCCCUCCGCCGAUGAAGCCAUUUGGCGGCUCCGGCAACCGUCUUGGCAGUCCCGCCCCCGCUACCAUCGCGGGCUCGUCGCGAUCGACCGUCGCGGCCCCGACCCCGCCGACGUCUACGCCGGCGACGGCCUCGGCGUUUGAGGUCGACCCAAAUCAACCGACAACCAACAUCCAAAUCCGUCUUGGCGAUGGCCAGAGGAUGGUGGGAAGGUUCAAUCACGAUCACACGGUGGCCGAUGUCCGAGCUUUCCUGAACGCCUCGCAUCCAGGCAUGUCCAGCCGCAACUACGUGCUCCAGGCAUCGUUCCCCCCCAAGCCGCUAACGGACGAGACGCAGACGAUCAAGGACGCCGGCCUCGUCAACUCUGUUGUCAUCCAAAAGUUCCAGUAG